UGCGUUUGUCAGAUGUUAGGUUAUUGUUCCGGAUAUGACGUCUACUUCAUGCGACGCUACCGGAUGUUCGAAGUCAUCGAAAGUAAAUUGAGAAAAACGGAAUCAGAAUGAACAGCCGGGGACUUCGUUCACAGCUGAAAGACAGCGUCCCUGUGGCCGGACUCUGCCCACAGGGAGCAUACGGGGUGCAGGACUCUCUCCGCAGCGGCUUCACCAGUGUGAAGAAUGAGCUCCUUCCAAGCCACCCUCUGGAACUUUCAGAAAAAAAUUUUGCCCUUAACCAGGACAAGAUGAACUUCUCAACACUUCGAAACAUCCAGGGGCUUCAUGCUCCUCUUAAAUUGCAGAUGGAGUACAGGGCAGCCAGACAGAUCCAGCGUCUGCCGUUCUUACAAAGUUCCAAUUUAGCUCUCGACACACUGCGAGGCAGCGAUGACACAAUCGGCUUUGAAGACAUCCUCAGCGAUCCAGCUCAAAGCGAGAUGAUGGGAGAGCCACACAUGAUGGUGGAAUACAAACUAGGAUUGUUGUAAAAGGUGCAGAAUUCAGACCCACUAAAAUAUUUAAGUUUCUGUUCCUAGUUAGAUUUAGUUUUUCAUCCCAAAACAUAAAAGAGAAAAUAUCUUGCUAGAUCAUUGUCGUGGGAUAUCUUGAUAGUUAACAGUGGGUCUGAUUUCAGUCUACAUAUGUGUGUAAAUGAUUUCCAAGCAGCCAUUUAGAGCUAAUUUUGUGUGAUCAAAGCUGUUUCUUAUUUCUAAUAAAUUUCAUAACUUCCUU